GCGUCACUGGAUUUUGCACGCGUCGGGCAUGACCUACCGUAUUCGAAGGUCGCGUCGAUCCUACAGAUUGAAUUGAGUGAAGUAGAGAAGUGGGCGAUCGAUGUAAGUACCGGUCUUCUGUCGGGAAAGCUCUUGCAGACUACCCAAUCUCUACACCUUUACCGUUCAUCAGUAUGCACAUUUGAGCGAGAGCAAUGGGAGGCACUGGAAAAGCGUCUUGUUGCGUGGAAGGCGGGCCUAGCGAGCGUGCUG